AUGGCGAGAGGAGGAAGUCUGAUUUCUAAGAAAAGGGUUUCUUGGUUGAGAAUAAUGGAAUUUGAGAUGUACUGCUAUGUGUUUGCUCUCCAUCUUGGACCUUCUAAGCUGCACCUGAUUGACCCGGCGAAAUACAAGAGCAUCUCAUCUGGAUUUAGCGUUCUGCUAAAGGAGCAAGGAGCUAGGGUUUUUUUCAGGGGAUGGGUGCCUACCUUGCUUGGUUACAGUGCUCAGGGGGCUUGCAAGUUUGGGUUCUACAAGUUCUUUAAGAAGACCUACUCAGAUAUGGUCCAUGUGCAGACACAACCUGGAUUUGCUUGUGGGUUGAGUGAUGGGCUUCCCAAGUUCAUCAAAUCUGAGGGUGCUGCUGGGUUGGAGAAGAUAUGUAUGGAAGUUGUUGGUGUGGUGACCGCCAUAGGGCCCGGGCUGACUGGCAGGAACAUUGGGGAUGUUGUGGCGUACGCAGCGGCUGCUAUCGUGCUGAAGGGGAUGACUGUCCAUAUGCUGGUUCACCACAUAUUUAAGAGAACCCCCUGGCUGCGGGGACGGCGGGGCGAGGAGGGGCAGGUGCUGCGGAGACGGCGCGGCGAGGAGGGGCAGGUGCUGCGGAGACGGCGCGGCGAGGCGGGGCAGGUGCUGCAGAGACGGCGCGCGGCGAGGCGGGGCAGUGGCGUCGCGGGGGAGGAUGGAGGAUGCCGGAGCAGAGGACGACAGCUCCCGCCGUCGCUGCUGUCCGCGCACGCCCGCGUGCUCGCCUCCGUCCGCGCCCGCGCCGGAGCCCAGGAAUGGGGAACGGGGCGAGGCAUUGCGGCGGAGGACAAUAAAGCGGCCGGCGUGCUCGCUUUGGGCAAGGCGUCGCGGCGGAGGACGACAUGGCCGUCGGCGUGCUUGCUUGGAAGGAUGGAGGCCGCCUCGCCGGGGCGCGGGCGCGGUAGCACGGCGUCGGGGCCGGGGCAGUGGUUUGACGGGCGACGCGAAGGAGGUGUUGUCCUGGCGUCAGCGACCAGCGCAGGCUGCCCGUACUCCAUAAGCUGUCGUACAAUCUCGCCGUUCUACCAACAUCAAUGGACCACCCAUGCUCCAUGUGAGACGAUAGCGUCUCAAAGUGGACUUUUCGAUCAUUUGAUAAACGUUUGGAAAUUCAAGCCUGGUCCUGUUCUGCAACUUGUGAUGUUUACUUCUUAUUGUUAUGUACACACACACACGAGUGGUGCAUAAAUGUUUUAUUGCUAUUUAUCCUUUCAUGAGCUGGAUGUGCCAUUGAUGGCGAUGGCGAGCUUGGAUUAGUUGGAUUCAGAAGGUUGAGACGAUGGAUGGUUCCAAGGUUUGGCCACAAUAUUUGGAGACAUUUCCUGUUAGGAGUUAAGGUUUGGCCACAAUAUUUGGAGACAUUUCCUGUUAGGAGUUAAGCUUUGGUUUGGAGGCAUUGAACUUUGGCUGUAAAUAACUAACUUUGUUACUUGGUAUACUUCUGUCAGUUCAUGUAAACAACUAUCUACCACACCACACUGGUUAAUCUGGGAUUUCCUUCGGGACCAAAUGUACCAAAUCCUGCUUUGGGUGGAGAUCUGAUCAUUCCUAUAUUGUUAGAUUUGACUUUCAUCUAUGUGUUGCUCCGCGUGUAUCUCGGCAUAAAUGGUUCAUCAUACUAUGAUCUAAUGUAGUGAUUUUAAUUA